AUGGCUGGACACUCUCCUGCUCCCUCCGUCAACUCCGCCGCCUCCGAAUCAGACAACGACUCGCAACAUACGCGCGAAACCAAGGGUGCUGCUCUCAAGGACAAAGAAUGCCAAUACUGCCACCAGAAGUUUACCUCCUCCUCCCUUGGCCGGCAUCUUGACCAAUUCAUCAACAAGAAGAAGCCCGACGGCAUACACAAUGUGGACGAGAUCCGCAGGCUACGCGGGGGGAUUACGAGGAGGACAGCACGGAGCAGCAAGAAGCAGCAACAGCAGCAGGAGUUCGGACACAAUGUUGACAGGAGCGAUACACCUGGACGACCUUCCCCGGUCCCGCAGUCCAUUAAUACUGAAGCGCCCGUUGACCGACUGAACAACUACAUUCCCGGUAGCAUACACAGCACGCUCAAUCGCCUUACAUGGCACUCGACCGGCGUCAUCACAGACCCAACAUCCAUUAACCCAUCCCCCUCAAGCACCAAUACUCCAGCCAACACCACGGCCGUGCCGGCCGCCGGCGCCUCGCCUACGAAGAAGCGCGACUUCAGCGCCUAUAGCUCCGAUCUUCCCACCGCCGCAGCCACCACAUCUGCCAUCUCAAACUCUGGCACAACCCCCACGGCUCUCGCGGACACCGCACGCGCUCUCGAGUUGUCACUCCGGGAAGUACUUGACUCGCUGCGCGCCGCCUCCAAGCACAUCAACACGCCUCCGACGCCCUUCGACUUCGAGAUCCAAUCGCAGACGUAUCCCUCGCUCGUUCUCAGACUCCUUCCCACCCCUCCUACACUCAUGCAGACCUCCCCCUUCUCGACACUACAAUCCGUCCCUAUCUCCGCACCUGGUCCGGACCAACUGACACCGCUCCGCAACCGUCUUACCCUAACCAUUGACCGCUGGAAAUGGAACGCACUGCGACUGGCGCAGCGUACCACGUCCAACAUCGCAGACGAAGCAUCCUUCCUCUCCAGCCAGGCCGACACCUACACGUCUGCAGCGCUGAAUCACCUCAACACUAGCUUCGAGAACUGGAUGGUGCACCCAGCGGAGACGCGCGAUGCGCUGUGGCACGUGGAGCUGCUGCGGGCGAUGCAGGGGGCCCGCGAUCGCGCCGCCGAGACCGAAGAGCGUAUGGAAGAGCUGUGUCAGGAGCGCAACCAGCUCAGGCAGCAGGUCGAGUACCUCAGCCGCUGCCAGUGGCCACGGGAGAUGGCCCUUUGGCCGCCCGAACGCCUGACCUAUGGGAAGAAGAUGCAAGAGGAGAUACGCCUCAUCAACCUGCAGAGGCCACCAUAUGCGACACUCAAGGGCCAGCCGGAUGCUGGGGCCGUGGGCAGAGGCGUCGCUCCCAUGGUCAACCGCGCGAGGAGCGAGGGCGCGCCUGCGGAGGACGGUGGAGUCUCGUUAGGCGGCAACGGUGGCGGAGCAGUCGCUGGUGAAAUGACGGACGAAGAAGAGGAGAACCCGAACAUGGUCACAGAAAACGUCAACACCCGCGGUGACAAAUGGGACUUUGACAAGCUGGUAGGCAAGUGGCGCGCGCACGUCAAGGAGGAUCGUUUGCGGCGGGCGCCCUGGCUGCACUACAACAGCGGCGGUGCAAACGGCCUCGGAGGCCAAUUAUCGGCAAGUCCUGUGGCGGACGCGUCUGGCAGGGCACCGCCAGGGAGUGCGGGGCCACAGCAACAGCAUAAUGGUAACGGUGCGAGGGCGGCGGAGGGUAGUCCGAAUACUGGGGGCGAGGGCGAGGGUCAAGGCCAGGGUCCAGGACAGGACCAGGGACAAACAGGUUUGGGAAUUCGGAAGGACGGCACUGGCAGAAGGCCCUUUGGGAGGGCCAACAAUGUGAGGAUCGUGAGUGAUUGGUGA